CACGCGAUGCCGGUACUUGUGAACCCGACGCUGACAAGACGACCGGUGGCAAAACGGAGUCUUUCGAGCGGUUUCUGUGAAGCCUUUGGUACAGAUGCAGGUUUCUGGUCUGACUGGGCAUCGACCGCUCCUUGUACCGCAAGCUACAACUCUGCGUCCCGGUGCCUCAUACAGAAGCGCCCCACGGUGGACUUCGAAAUCCUAAUCAUUUUCCUCGAGGCCGAGCGGUCGGUAAGCCGGAUGAACGCAAGGUCCGACACACAGCUUCUAGGGACACCGGCCAUCCUCCGUUGAAGACCCCGCACCCCACGAGCUCUAUGCCCCAUCUGACUUGCGUAUGGGAGGAGGCGAGUCUCAAUGCGGCC